GUAUUAGGUCCUCAGUUGUUUAUAUGUGUGAUAUAUUGAAAAUAUUGUGCUAGCUUGCUAACUUGCAGAUUUUAUGUUGCUGAUUGGUUGGCUAGCUAGGUUAGUUCUCGAAAACCGAUCAGCUAGCUACCUGGCUAGUUUUAGCUAGCUUCAAGUGCUGGGUUGUCUUGGUUAGACCACCUACCUCGAGUUCAGGGUGAGCUGGGCUGCAUAUAAAUUGGAUAAACAAUUGCACAAAUAUUUGACGUUAGGAAAGGAAAGGAGCUUUCACGCGAUUUUAGCGGACGGUAUGAGUUAUGGAUAUGGCAAUAGGCGAGGCCGAAGAGGUGGUCGAGGAUUUGGAAAUGGAAACGAUGAGAAGUGGGACAGAGGAGCUGGGUCAAGCGGUGGGGGAUACCAGGGCAACUCGGGAUGGGAAUCACGAGAAGAUCGGGGAAGCGGCGGUGGCUCACGGGGUCGGCACCCGGGCCACCUAAAAGGCAGAGAGAUUGGCUUGUGGUACGCAAAGAGGGGAGGCAUGAAGAGGAAAGAAGAAGAGAGAAAAUCGAGAGCGGUAGUGCAGAUGGACGAGUCUAGGGAGGAGCACAUCACUAGGCUGUUGAACACAGUCCAGAGGGAAUCUCACCAUCCUGGCAGGGAUGCGGACCCCUCCACAUCCCAGAGCUGGCGCUCAGCACCUGACACAAGUGGACACAGCUACUUUGAUGGUGAAGAGCCUCCUCAAGAAGUUCCGAAAAAAACAACCCCAGUUGAAUUUAAGGAGGGAGAGAAGGACAAAGACCUUGAGUAUUUGUCCCAGGACAUUGUCCGAGAGUCCAGUCUAGACCAGCAGCUGAAGAGAGAUCUGCUUCAGAAACGAGAUGACCCAAAGUACCUGGAGAUGUUGAAAUUCCGGGAGAAGCUACCCUCGUACAGUAUGAAAGAGGAGCUUGUCCAGCUAGUUCGAGGAAACCAGGUGCUUGUGGUGAGUGGGGAGACCGGAUGUGGAAAGACUACCCAGGUGACCCAGUUCAUUCUUGAUGACUACAUUGAGAGGGGCAUGGGCUCCAUCUGUAGAGUGGUCUGCACCCAACCACGGCGCAUCAGUGCCAUUUCUGUGGCAGAGAGGGUGUCUGCGGAGAGGGCGGAGACAGUGGGGGAGGGGAACUCUUGCGGGUACCAGAUCCGUCUGCAGAGCCGGUUACCACGGAAACAAGGCUCCGUGCUGUAUUGUACGACGGGUAUUAUCCUGCAGUGGCUCCGCUCAGAUCCCCACCUAUCCAGCAUCAGUCACCUGGUCCUGGAUGAGAUCCAUGAGCGGAACCUGCAGUCGGAUGUUCUUAUCACCAUUGUCAAAGACCUGACCCGGGUCCGGGAUGACCUCAAGAUAAUCCUCAUGAGUGCCACACUCAACGCUGAGAAGUUCUCCAAAUAUUUCGGCAACUGUCCCAUGAUCCACAUCCCUGGCUUCACCUACCCAGUAAAGGAGUACCUGCUGGAGGAUGUGGUGGAGAUGCUUAGGUACAGGCCACAGACCCAGGACCGCCGACCCCGCUGGAAGCGGCGCUUCAUGCAGGGCCAGAUGUCCCGGCCCGAGAAGGAGCAGAAGGAGGAGGAGUACCGGGAGAGCUGGCCUUGCUACGCUCGCACACUGCGGGACAGGUACUCAGACAGUACAAUCGAUGUCCUGGAGGUGAUGGACGACGAUGAUAAGAUUGACCUAGCACUGAUAGUGGAGCUGAUCCGAUACAUUGUAUUGAACGAAGACGAAGGGGCCAUCCUUGUCUUCUUGCCUGGCUGGGACAACAUCAGUGGCCUGAAUGACCUCCUUAUGGCUCAGCAGAUGUUCAAGUCAGAAAACUUUGUCAUCAUUCCAUUGCACUCCUUGAUGCCCACUGUCAGUCAGACCCAGGUGUUUAAAAAGCCGCCUCCAGGUGUGCGCAAGAUCGUGAUCGCCACCAACAUUGCCGAGACCAGCAUCACCAUUGAUGAUGUGGUGUAUGUUAUCGAUGGGGGGAAAAUUAAAGAGACACACUUUGACACUCAGAACAACAUCAGCACCAUGACGGCGGAGUGGGUCAGCCUGGCCAAUGCCAAGCAGAGGAGGGGUCGGGCUGGCAGGGUGUCGCCUGGAAAGUGCUACCAUCUGUACAAUGGACUUCGCGCCAGUCUGCUGGACGCCUACCAGCUGCCAGAGAUCAUGCGCACGCCACUGGAGGAGCUGUGCCUACAGAUCAAGAUCCUCAAGCUGGGGCGCAUUGCCUCAUUCCUGAGCAAGGCCAUGGACCCCCCCUCAGAGCAGGCUGUUCAACUGGCCAUCACACACCUCAUGGACCUGAACGCUCUGGACCGAGACGAGGAGCUGACGCCCCUGGGAUUCCACCUCGCCCGGCUGCCGGUGGAGCCCCACAUUGGGAAGAUGAUACUGUUUGGAGCACUGCUGAGCUGCCUCGACCCUGUUCUGACUAUCGCAGCUAGCCUGAGCUUCAAAGACCCCUUCUUCAUACCACUGGGUAAAGAGAAGCUUGCAGACAUGAGGAGAAAAUCUUUGUCCAAAAACUCCAAGAGUGAUCACCUGACCAUUGUCAAUGCCUUCUGGGGCUGGGAGGAUGCCAAGCGGCGGGGACACAAAUUUGAGAGGGACUACUGCUGGGACAACUUUCUGUCAGCUAACACACUGCAGAUGUUGCACAACAUGAAGGGCCAGUUUGCCGAGCACCUGCUGGGUGCUGGCUUUGUCAGCAGCAAGAACCCCAAAGACCCCAGCUCCAACAUCAACUCUGAGAAUGAGAAGCUCAUCAAAGCGGUCAUUGUGGCCGGUCUGUACCCCAAAGUAGCGAAGAUCCGCCCCAGCUUCAGUAAGAAGAGGCCCAUGGUGAAGGUUUACACAAAGGCAGAUGGGAAGGUGAACAUCCAUCCUAAAUCGGUGAACGCCGAGGAGACGGAGUUUCACUACACCUGGCUGAUCUACCACCUGAAAAUGAAGACCAGCAGCAUCUUCCUGUACGACUGCACCGAGGUAUCACCUUUCUCGUUGCUCUUCUUCGGUGGAGACAUCUCCAUCCAGAAGGACCAAGACCAGGAAACCAUUGCCGUCGAUGAGUGGAUCGUCUUUCAGUCCCCUGCCCGCAUCGCCCACCUUGUUAAGAAUCUGAAAAAGGAGCUUGACUCCCUCCUUGAGGAGAAGAUUAAAAACCCACAGCCUGUUGAUUGGAGCGAUACGAAGUCCAAGGACUGUGCAGUCAUCUCGGCCAUCAUUGACCUCAUCACAACUCAGGAGAGCAACGCUAGCAGAGGUGCUGCCCCUAGAGCAAGGGGACCCAGAAAGCAAUAUCGGAGAGGCCGUCCUGAAGAAAGACGAGGCUAUCUUUCUCCAAAAGUCAAAAAAUCCAAGAUGGCACAGAUACAAGACUGAUCCUGAGUUUUCAUAUUUUCAAGUGUGGAUAUGUCAGAACAUAAUCAGACUAGAUGUGCUGUA